AUGCCCAGCCUGCUCCUGCCUGCUGCUGCCACCCCUGGCCCUGCUCCCCAGCUGCUGACCGAGGCCAGCUCCUGGUGGCCCGCCCCCGGCCUCCCCGCGUGCGGCCGGCUGCCCGGGCUGUCCGCGGGCCGGCGGACGCUGUGCCGGCUGCACCGGGAGCUCCUGGCCUUCGUCGGGGCGGGCGCGCGGGCCGGCGUCCGCGAGCGCCAGCACCAGUCCCGCGCCUCCAGCUUCGGCCGCGUCCUGCGGAUCGGCAGCCGGGAGGCGGCCUUCACGCACGCGGUCAGAGCGGCCAGGGUGGUGGACACCAUCGCCUGGGCCUGCCGGGAGGGCGCACUGUCCACCUGCGGCUGCAGCCGGGCCUCGCGUCCCAGGGAGCUGCCCCGGGACUGGCUGUGGGGAGGCUGUGGGGACAACGUGGACUAUGCCUACCGCUUCACCCGGGAGUUCGUGGACACGUGGUAGCUGGAGCGGAGCCCGGCCCGGGGCUCGGAGGAGCAGGGCCGCGCGCUCAUGAACCUGCAGAACAACGAGGGGGGGGAGCAGGCUGUGUACCAGAUGGCAGACACGUCCUGCCGGGUGUCACGGGGUGUGGGCUCCUGCAGCUGGCUGCAGCUGGCCCCGUUCUGGAGGGUGGGGCUGAAGGAGAGGUACGACCCCGCGGCCGCUGUGCGCGUGACCCCGCGCGCCCACAGCCCCUUCACGCGGCCCACGCCCGACGACCUGGUCUACCUGGACCCCAGCCCCGAGUAUACCUGCUCGCCCGGCACCCACGGCCGCGCGUGCAACAAGACCUCGGCCGGCACGGAGGGCUGCGACCUGCUGUGCUGCGGGCGCGGCUUCCAGGCCUGGCGCGGCCUGUGCGUGGAGCGCUGCGGCUAAUUCCACUGGUGCUGCUUCGUGCGCUGCAGGAAGUGCUGGCGGCCCGUGGAGCAGUACGUGUGCAAGUGA